GUAGUUUUAAGCAAGUAUGAUUUCCCAGGUACGGUACUCCGUACUCCGUAGAUACUCCGGACCUUGCUGCUUCAUACGCACUUACAUCAUAGGUACAUGCCGUGGUUGACCUUGCGUCCAAACGUCCCACUCCCACGCACCAGGCACCAGGCACCAGGCACCUGUGUGGCCAGCGUCCCACUCACCAAGCCUCCAAGAGUCCAAGGGACGGGACUCCAACCCCAGCGGUGGAGUCCCGGUCUCAUAGUCACUCAGCAGUGCGCCAGUCCAAGGUCAGUGCCGCCCGCCACUGCCAUGGCAGACAAAGUCAGACUGGCGGUGGCUCAGCGCAGCAAGAGUGAUUGGCCAGUGGCAAGACUGCGGCAAAAUUUUAUUUGUCUGUCAUUCGGGAUAUACUUUUGGAAUAAUAAUAAUCAGGGGGAGGAUAAUCAUCGGACUAUCGGACGCUCCAGCAAAGGUUUGGUCUAGUCGAACGCCUCUCAGGGUAGCAAGCAAACCAGCGAGUCAGCGACAUCCUCCAGCCCUCGAUAGUCAAUCAAUGCAGAGAAAGCAAAUGAUGAUCAGCAGUUGGAGUCGAGGGGAGCGACUGGGUGAAGAAGUACCUGAAUGCAUGCGAGCCAAGAGAAACAUGGAGGGAGGUUGUGCAGUCGCCAUUCUGCCAGU